AUGUAUAAAAAUUAUCUUUACAUAAUUAAUCAUCGUUUAUUGCAAUUGCUUCGUGCUCAAACCAAGAUUUUACUUACGAACGAAACAAAUGUCUUACUUACGAUGCCAAAUUCACCUUACAUCAUUCAUGAAGAUGAUCUUCUACAACCACGUCCACUAUCCGUUGAAGAAUUCACUUUUUUUAAAAUACUUGGAAACAAUCCAAAAAUACCAGAAAUUGUUAAGAAUUUGAAUCAUUUUAUUCAAAAUUUUACAUAUCGAUACGAAUAUGAUGUAUGGGGUCAAUAUGUUGAUUGGAAUUCGUUUAUUAUUGCUGGUGGUUCCGUCGUUUCCUCUUUGCUAGUUCAUCAUUCGACAAGAAAUGGUUCUGAUAUUGAUUUAUUUUUUCUGAAAGAAAAUCCACAACUAUUUAAAAACGCUGUAAACGAACUAGAGUUGCGAUUACAGAAUACAUAUUUUAUUCAACGUAAAACAAUAUGGGUGGACAGAUUAGUUCAAUUUGAUUUAUUUCGAAAAUUUACUAUUCAAGAUAUUUUCAACGGUCAUCAUUUCACUCCAUCAGUUAUUAUACAACUUAUUCGUCCAACUAUCACACCUAUCACCAUCUCACGAAUCCUUCAUUCCUUCGAUCUUGAUAUAUGUGCUGCAGCAUUCAAUUCUAAUGAAGUAAUUAUUUCAUUUAGUUGUUUACAAGCAUUAAAUUCCGGACAUACAACAUGCUAUGAUACUCCAAUUUCGCCAUCUAAAUUCGUUAAAAGAGCUAUACGCUUUCAUAAAUAUCAACAACGAGGCUUUAACAUUCUAUGUCCGAAAGACUUCGAUGUCGAUGCAUUUUUUAACACAAUCGUUAAAGAUUGCAAACAAAUUCCAUCAGAACGAUCAUAUCGAUUUCGAACCCAACAAUUUGGUGAUAACUGUGACUCAUUUUCGAUACAAAAAAAGUUUUGUGAAUAUUAUAAAUUAUAUUAA